AUUCUUCUCCAACUUGUUCUAACUUUUUAUAGCUUUCUCUAGAUUCAUCUCACCCCAAUCAAUCAAAAAUAGAAUAUAUUCUUGAAGCAAUAGCCAUUCUCUUUCUUCACUUAGGGAAUAUAAUCUUUCAAUCAAUUCUAAUCUUUGAUAAAUUUCACUUUUUAUCAUAUAUAUUCCCACUCCAUUUUCCUAGCUUCUUCUUACUUGUUCAUCUUCUUUCACUCUUAUAAAUAUAUUAACAUAGCUAUUUAUUAAGCUUCACUCCUAUUUUUAUAAGUGGGUAAGGAAAGUGAUCACAAGAUUUUUUUUCUUCUAUAAAAUAUUUUUCAUUUAAAUCAAAUUAAAGACUUAUCAUAUUCAUCUUGUUACCAUAUACAAAUAUAGAAGUUCUUUCAAAAAAAUAUACAAAUAUAGAAGUGUUUCAAUUACAAUUUUUUUUUUGUAUUCAAUAUUAUUUUUUAUCUUUUAGUGAAAAUUAAUGGGGAAAAAUUGGUUUUCAAGAUGGGUUUUUAUGGCUAUGAUGAUGAGUACAAUUUUUUGGUAUGUGGAAGGACUUGGUGUGAAUUGGGGAACACAAGCAACACAUCCAUUGAAACCAGACACAGUUGUACAAAUGUUGAAAGAUAAUGGAAUUCAAAAAGUGAAGUUAUUUGAUGCUGAUGAAGAAACUAUGAGUGCACUUGGUGGGUCAGGUAUUGAAGUAAUGGUUGCUAUUCCUAAUAAUCAAUUAGCUGAAAUGAGUGAUUAUGAUCGUGCUUUGCAAUGGGUUAGAAAGAAUGUUACACGUUAUAACUUCAAAUCUGGUGGAGUAAAUAUCAAGUAUGUGGCAGUUGGAAAUGAGCCAUUUUUGAAAGCAUACAACAAUUCAUUCUUGAAUGUAACCUUCCCUGCCCUAAUGAACAUUCAAAAUGCCCUAAAUCAAGUUGGAUUAGGUGACUCAAUUAAGGCCACAGUACCCUUAAAUGCUGAUGUUUAUGAAUCUCCAGAUUCAAACAAUGCUGUUCCAUCAGCUGGAAUAUUUAGGCCUGAUUUAAGUGAACUUAUGACACAAAUAGUCCAAUUUUUAAGCAAAAAUAAUGCACCAUUCACAGUCAACAUUUACCCUUUUUUAAGUCUUUAUGGAAAUGACAAUUUUCCAUUUGACUAUGCAUUUUUUGAUGGAGUAUCAAAUCCUAUAAAUGACAAUGGAGUUUUGUACACAAAUGUUUUUGAUGCAAAUUUUGAUACUUUAGUCUCAGCAUUGAAAUCAAUUGGAUUUGGUAACAUGCCAAUUUUUGUUGGUGAAGUAGGGUGGCCAACAGAUGGUGACAAAAAUGCAAAUAUUCAAAAUGCAUUAAGAUUCUAUAAUGGUCUUUUACCUAGGCUUGCAUCAAACAAAGGUACACCAAGAAGACAAGGUUACAUUGAAGUUUAUUUAUUUGGAUUAAUUGAUGAAGAUGCAAAAUCCAUUGAGCCAGGAAAUUUUGAAAGACAUUGGGGAAUAUUUAGUUUUGAUGGUAAACCUAAAUUUCCAAUGCAUGUUUCAAAUCAACAUGGUCAAAAUAAAUUAUUGGUUGGUGCAAAAGAUGUGCAUUAUCUUGAUCCAAAAUGGUGCAUGUUUAAUCCAAAUGCCAAUAAUUUAAGCAACCUUGCAGAUAAUAUUAAUUAUGCUUGCACUUUUGCUGAUUGCACCCCACUUGGAUAUGGAUCAUCUUGCAACAAUUUGGAUGCUAAUGGAAAUGCUUCAUAUGCAUUUAAUAUGUAUUAUCAAGUGCAAAAUCAGAAUGACUUGGCUUGCAAUUUUGAAGGGUUAGCUAUGCUUACAACAAAUAAUAUUUCAACUCCUACUUGUGAUUUUAUUAUUCAAAUUAACCCUUCUUCAUCCUCUUCUUUGUUCCCUUCAUUUGUUGUUUUCUUGUUUUUUAGUAUACUUCCUAUGAUUCUAUUGUGUUAGGUUAAUUUCUUCUUGUACACAUGUUAUAGGUGAUUUUGUGACUUAUAUUUAAAUAUAUGUAAAUGAGAGAUAUUGUACUUGGAGAUGGUGUGGAAGAUAUAGUUUUGAAGAUUCAUUUAAUAUAUAGUUUUGUAGACUUGAAUA